AUGGAAGAAGGAUUAAUUCCACAGUCAGUCGCCAUUAUAGGUGCAGGACCUAGUGGGCUAGCUGCUUGUAAGUCUGCAUUAGAAGUCGGUCUAUUUCCAACAGUAUAUGAAAAAUCAUCAGAUCUGGGCGGCCUUUGAAAAGGUCACACAGGUAUUUGGAAAAACAUGAAUGCCAUUAGCAUUAAGUUAAAUUAUCAAAGACACUCUUAGUCGGAGUCUUCUGGCUAUUAUUAAUUUCCAUAUUGCCCUAUCGCUUGCUUGUAUUGAAAAACAUUAUCUUUUUUGCACUUUUCCUUGAAUUCAGAAUAUUUAAGUCAUAUUGCUAAAAAUAUUAGCUCUAUAGAAAUUUCGAAAAACUGAGUUUUCAGUCAAUCAUAAAACAUCAGGUAUUAUUCUAGGCUCAUAGUUCUUAGCUAAGAUUAUUGGCAAGCUUCCUGUGAUACCUCAAAUAGUUAUUUAUAUCUCUCUGCAUUACUUAGCGAAUGCCUGGCAUCUGCCUAUCAGAUAUGCUCUUCCAAAUAUGGGCAUGAACACUUGCUGGAGUGCAACGGAUAGGUCAUUACGCCGGAAGCUUGACUUAGGUUGCCCUUCCACUGGACGAUAUCGCCCAAGAUGAAUUUAGGUUGCCUAGAGUGCAACUCUUGGCAUUGCGCAGGAAAUUGCCUGAUUUGCCCCGAGGACUAUACUGGACUUUCCCUUUCAGCACCAAGCAUUCAUCUUCCCCAGAGGUAACUUGGCUUGGAAUAAGCUGCGGUUAGCACUCCCACAUUAUGCUCCACUAAGCCAAGUAAGAGCUGACCAGAUGCACACUACCGAGCGCCAUUUUCCAUUUCACAAGGUUUCCUAAGUUGCAGAUGUUAAGAUGGUUCGCCACACUAUUUUAAUUUAUAUGAUAUUUAUUCUGGGUAAAAAUCAGUUAACCUAGUAGGUAUCUGCAGCGUUGAAAAAGCCAAACUCAAAAUUAGGCUAUGGCUAUUCAAUAAAGUAUUCCACUUUGCCUGGGCUGAAAAACCUCAGAUAGAUACCAGACGAUGCACUUUUUCUUCAAAGUUCCCAACCUUUUUAGUAUGAUACUGUAGCGCAAGAGCUAGUUUAUCAGUUGAUCACGCCAUUUUAAUAUAUACAAAGCAUAAAUGCCAAUCUUUCUAAAUUCACCUGUUCCUUUUCAGACUUCCCAUGGGACCAAUAUAGCGCUCAAUGCCCCACCAAUGAAGAAUUGCUUCAAUACCUUCACCACUAUGCAGACCACUUCAAUUUACGCCAAUAUAUUCGUUUCAAUAAAGAAAUAACAAGUGUUCAAAAAAUAAAGAAGUGGGUUGUUAAAAGUAAUGACUCUCCCAGCAAUAAUCAAUUUUUUUGCUUUAGCCCAAAUUUUCAAAGAGUAGAUUUUUUGCUUAAACCUCCCAAGAAUUUGAUUAUUACUGGGGGAGUGAGGAAGAGGCUGAAUUCGAUUUUAUUAUUAUCACAACAGGGGUGUUUGCAGUUCCUCAUUACCCAAAUAUUAAAGGUCUUGAAGAAUUUUCAAAAAAUAAAAGCUUAAGCCACAGUUAUAAUUAUUGGGAAAAUGAUGAAUUUGCUGGGAAAAAAGUGGUCGUCAUUGGAGGAUCGUAUAGUGGGGCAGAAAUUUCAGCAGAAAUUUGUAAAGUGGCUGAAGAGGUACAUAAUGUGAUAAAAUAUCCAGUAUGGAUAUCUCCAAGGCAUUUACCACCUAAUAAUAUAGGGAUUGAUUUAAUGAUAUAUAAUAGAGCUUGGACUGAGAUGAAAAAAACAAAGAGUGAGAGAGAAAACAACCAAGCUAAAAAUCAGUUUCUCACUCCCCCUCUUUAAAUUCGAAAAAAAAAAAUUCAGCUUACUUUAACUCCCCUUUAAAUUAGAACAAAAUUUUAAUUUUUCAAAGUAAAUUUUAUAGUAAAAGUAUUAUUUUUAUAUAAGUAGCUUUGACCUAAUUUAAUGGAAAAGUGCAAUUAGAGUACCAUUUAAACAUUUUUUACAUUGAACCGAUUAAUUUUUUGAUAUUUUAGAUUAAAAUUUAAUAUAAUUUUUUCAAAAAAUUAACCCUCUUUAACAUUGGAACAGCAUCUUGCUCCAAUUUAAAGGAGAGAAGUUAAUAGAUUUUUAAGCAAACAGGGAGAAGUAUGUCCAGAUCUUUAUAUAGACCCGAACAGUGAGGAAAAUAACUUCAUUAUUAUUAGUGAUGAAUAUGUCCCAGAAAUAGAAAGAGGUAAAAUAGUCGUCCAUAAAGCAGAUAUUUUAGAGUUUGAUGAAACUGGCAUGAUUAUCAAUGAAAAAGGAGAAACUAAGCACGUUGAUUGUGAUUGUGCUGUAUUUUGCACAGGCUUUGAGCCUAAGCUUGACUUCUUAGCAGAUGAAAUAAAAUCUGCAAUUGGCUAUGAUCCUCAAAACUUGCUGCAGCCAGUAUUACUUCAUAAAUGCACUUUUUCAACUUAUGAUAAAACAAUAGCAUUUGCUGGGAUUUAUAGAGGGCCUUAUUAUGGAAUUAUGGAGCUUCAAGCAAGAUGGGCAACUUUGGUAUUUGCAGGAAUUGUCCCUUCACCUGACCAAGAAGCCUUGCAAAAAGGAAUCCAAGAAGAAAUUGCAAUAAAAAAUAUGAAUCCAGCUCCUCAAUUUCCUCAUCCAGACUAUGUAUCUUUUGCGGAUAGUAUUGCAAAAGAAAUUGGGGCUCUUCCUGAGCUUGAUAAGAGCGAUAGCUUGUAUAGGGCUUUGUGGGAAGGGCCUUUUUUACCAGCACAUUUUAGACUUUGUGGUCCUUUUAAUAACCAAGAAGUUGCAAGGAGCAUUAUUAGAAAUGCACUAAUUGCUAUUGGAAGGCAAGACUUAUGGGUUGAGGAAUCUAUUAAUCAAAAUUAA